AUGGAAGUAUUUGUUAGUGUUAUUGCUGCUGACUACUAUGUCUUUUGCUGGUGCCAGGUUUCUGUGUUCUGCCUUAUCUGCUACCGUGCUCACAGGGUUUCUAGGGUUUCUGUGCUCUGCCUUACCUACUGCCGUGCUCAUAGGGCGUCUGUGUUCUGCCUUAUCUACUACCGUGCUCACAGGGUUUCUAUGUUCCACUUUUAUGUGUUCUCUUCUAUGUGCCUUAUUUUUUAA